GACCUUUUAUAAAAGACGGUACGAGGUGGUCAACCAGGAAGAAUGGGCUCGAUUGCUGUACUUACAGAUGUAAAUCUCAUGUGUAACACGUGAAGAAGCAUCCGCGCUAAGAAAGUAGAAGAAGCUUUAGGAAUACACGUUUUUAGAUCCUUCUCAUAGGAAUAUACGUGCUGCGUUUCGGUUGGCAAUAAGAACAAAGGUCCUCAAUAAUUUUUCUCUAAAUAAAAUUAGGGAAGAUCCUGUUGAAUAUAUCAGACAACGAAAGCCGCGACGAAACAUAAAAUUGUUUUCGUUUAUUUUUCUUCAAAUAGGCGUGCCACCCUCUUUGGACCCUUUAAUUUUUUUGGAAAAGAAUUGGAGGAGUUCAGUGCAGUUUGGAGGGUUUAAAUUUGAUUUUUCAGAGCAUAAUUUGUGUACUUUCAAUUCCCUGAAUUUGAAAUAGGUGAUUCAGGGUUUCAAUAUCGACUGGUUUCGAGCACGGAUUGGGAAAAACUGCACCAUUUAAGGCAUUCUUUGUGGUUUGGAGGGUUUUUUAUAAAUUAUUUCGAAUUUGGGACCCUGAAAUUGGGGUGUUUAGGGUUUGACUUUAGGUUGCUUUUGAGGAGCUAUUGAGAAAUUGUUGUCACUAUGCGGCUUUUCUCAGAAAUGUCGAAGGCUGCGCUUGGGAUUAUUUCUUCUCGUCAGCAGCGGCCGGUUUUUCGGCUUGGUUCCGUUUUGGUGCAAGGUGAUGUUAUAUGUUGUGAUGGGAUUUUAUUUGGGAACAGACAAUUUAAUAACAUUGCAAGGACUGAUGCAAAGGCAACGCUUAAGGAGAGGAAUUUGGCAAAAGAGUGGGUUUUGAGAAGGAACAUUUCGACGAGGAUGGGUUCUCAGCAGGCAAGGGGUUUCUUGGGAUGCGGAGAUGGUGAUGAAGAUAGCGGACUCACGAAAACUUAUGAAGAGAAGCGUAUUAUAGGGUAUUCUCCAGAACAAUUAUUUGCUGUUGUAGCAGCUGUUGAUUUGUACGAGGAUUUUGUUCCCUGGUGUCAAAGAUCAACUAUACUAUAUCAUAAGAACCCUGAAUCGUUUGAUGCAGAGCUUCAAAUAGGCUUUAAAUUUCUUGUUGAACGCUAUAUAUCACAUGUGGAACUGAAGAAACCCAACUAUGUGAAGACUACUGCAUCAGACAGCAAUCUUUUUAAGCAUCUGAUAAAUAUAUGGGAAUUCAAGAAUGGUCCGGUUCCUGGAAGUUGCAAUCUUCAUUUCUUUGUAGACUUCCAAUUUCAAUCGCCUCUUUACCGGCAGGCAGCUGAUAUGUUUUUCACGGAAGUAGUUUCCCGCCUUGUGGGAUCAUUUGAGCAACGUUGUCAUAUGGUAUAUGGACCAGCCGUGAAGAUUGUGGAGGAUGCAUAUAGGAGUCAAAGAGCUUAACAUACUGUUAAUUGUUUUGUACUAUUCAUUUAAAGACACAUGAGGCACAUUGCUUCAUUUAACCGGGUGGGAAGCUUUGAAGUGGACAGACACAAGCCAGAAUUGAAUUGCUUUUCGCUGUUGUAAUUUUUUUUGAAGACAACUGAGGCACAAAGCAUUUUGCUUCUGUAGACCAUAUCCGAUUCUUAUGAUUAUGUCAUCAUUGAUGAUAAGAAAAUAUCAAAUACGUCAGAUUUUUUUCUAAUUUAUUAGUUCAUUCUUUUUUCUAUUCUCAGCUGUUCAAUGUGAGCUCCAUACUUGUACAUGCCAGAGACAAAUGAUAUGGUAUCUUCGAUAUUCAGUUUGGCCAAACUUGGCUGCUUUGAAAGGAACAUAGAUUUUUAUGUUUUCUGGCGUGCAUAUUGCAAUACACUCUUGAAAUUUAACAUCUAACUGGAUUUACAUUACUUCU